AUGUAAGACAUAGAAUAAGAAAGAUAGAGAAAAUAAGAUCUAUUGGUUUCAUCAAUAGUGGAUGCAGGAUACGACACUAUUGCAUUCUAGGUGUAUUGUGAAUAAAUCAAGUAAAAUGGAAGUCAAGAGAUAGAUUUAUGGACAUUUGAAGAAUUGCAAAAAACAAUACAGGAUUUCAUCAAGAAAGAAGAUUCAAAAGAGUUUGAAAAGCAACCUAUUUAAUAAUCCACAAAUCAAUAAUUUUAGAUUCAGAAAAUUUAGGAUGAUAGCAACUUUGUUACAGAAGUACAAUGCUAAUUGCCAGGAAGAACAAAAUUAACAGAUUUCAUAAUGGAAAAUACACAUAAAUAAGUGGAAAUAAUAAUGAGUGAAUAUAUAAGUAAAUCUGAUGGCAUCAUAUCAUCAUAUAUUUCAUUUAAAAUUGAGACCAAACCAAUUGGAUGGGUUGUAAAUAGAAGAUUUACUGACUUUUUGAAACUGAGAGAUAUUUUAGUAAUGACGUACCCGUGCCAUUUGGUUCCUCCUAUUCCUGGAAAGAAAUUGAAAUCAUAAACAGGGGCAGCCUAUUUAGAAAAACGAAUGAGAAUCAUGGAAUUAUUUUUAUAGAAUUGCUUAUACCAUCCAUUAUUUAAGACUCAUCCUUUAUUUUCUGACUUUUUAGAAAUUAGUGAGGAAGCUAAAUUGAAAGAAAAAUUCAAUUAAUAUGAAAAAUAGAAAGGACCAUCCAAACCAGGUGAAUAUAUAACCACAAAUGGUUCUUGCGUUUUGGAGAUUUCUAAUGAAUUAUAAAAUUACUCAAAUUCCUUAAGUGAUUACUUAAAAAAUUCAUAAGAUAUUUAUAAAAAGACUGGCAAUAAUUUUAGUAAAUUAUGUACAGAUUUGGAAAACCUGAGUAAUACCUUGACUGCAAUAACAGAAAAUUUUAAUACUUUAGACAAAUUGACAGAUGGUUUUAUUAAAUAAACCAAAUCUUAAGGAGCUAUUGAAUAGAUUUAAUUAGUUUAUUAAGAAUUAUCAAAGUUUGUUACAGGUUGGCAAUACGGAGUCAAUUUUUAGAUGAAGAAUGUGAAAGAAAACUUUUAUGAGUUUUUUAGAUAUCAUAAAAAGAUGUAAUCAUCUGCAUUUGAUUAUUUAUAGAGUAAGAAUUAGUUGUAAUAGAAAUACUAAAAUCUUAAGAACAAGGUAAAUGAGAAGAAAGAGUAAUUAUAUAUCAAAGGAGAUCCUACAAAAUGGGAAUUACCCCCUGAUAUUCCAAAGACCCUCAAAGAACUUUAGUUUAAUAAGGGAGAAGCCUUCAAAUAUAUGUUACCUAAUGAAACAAAGCAAGUAAAUGAAAUACGGGAGAUGUAUGCUUUUAUGAAUCAUUAAUUGCAGGAAGAAAUCAAUUAGAUGAUUGAUUUUAGAAUUAAAGUUUAUGCAAAAAAAUUCGUUAGGAUGGGAUAAAUGAGGGCUUUGGAAACUGCUAAAUUCCAUCAUAUUUUGGCGAACUUCUUAUAAGUUUUGGCUGAAAUGUAAGGAUCAACAACAGGACAGAUGUAUAACCGGAGAGCCAGUGUAUUUAUAGAUAAGAGAUAUGAUUAAUUUUUUGGGAUAGUACCAAAGUGA